CAACUGCACUUCAAUACGUCAAAUAUGGCAACAGCAACGUCAAUGCGGUUACCCUGGCGGGCAAUCGUACGAUCGGUCACGACAAGACCAACAACGCAGUCCAUCAAAACCCCACCCGCAGCUUCAAUUCCGCAACCAUUUACAAGGCGAUGGGCUUCUGAUUCAGCUUCGAAUACGCCGAUAGGGAACGAGUUUGCUUCUGCGAGCCUAGAGAGGGCGGCAGCGACUGAGAUAGAGGGGACAGCUGGGGGUGCGGGUGUAGAUGCGGAAUCACACAACGCCAGCACAAUUACAACCACACCACCAUCUGAAUCCUCACCAACAGAAUCCCCAGAACAGCCUCGCAGGGAGACAGUAAAUCCCGACACAGUCCGCCCCCCGCGCGCAGUGCAAGCCGCGUACCUCCGCCCUCUGCGACGUCCAGCGACUCAUGGGCUCCCCGUCUGCGAUUUACAACUCCGCUCCUACAGCGUCCGCAACCUCGAAUUCUUCGCCGAUUUCUGUCUGCGCGCAGCCUAUUAUUUGGGAUUGCCGGCUUUUGGACCGAUUCCGUUGCCGAGGAUAGUAGAGCGGUGGACGGUGCCGAAGGGCAGUUUCAUCCAUAAGAAGAGCCAGGAGAACUUUGAGCGGAAGACGCUGAGACGGCUGAUUCAGAUCAAGGAUGGGGAGCCGGAGACGGUGGAGGUGUGGUUGGCGUUUGUGAAGAAGUAUGCGUAUUAUGGGAUUGGGAUGAAGGCUAAUGUGUGGGAGUUUGAGAAAGUUGGUGUUGGUAGAACCAUGGAUGCAGAAAUGGAGCAGAUGAGGAGCGAGGUCGAACCUACAUUACGCCAGUUUGCGUUCAAGAAAGGCAGCGCGGUUGAGGAUAAAGUGCUGGAGCUUAUUAAUAGAGGGGAUUUCAAGGCGGCGAGUGGUGGGAAUGCACCGAUGAUUCGGACGCCUACUUACAAGUUGCCCAAGAAUUGAGCUGUAUCAUGCUGGCAUCGGGGAGUGUAAAUUCAAGGAAAGUCGAAAAGAGGAUCGUCAUGAGAAGGAGUUUGGGUGUACUGCAUUGUAAAGUAGAUGUGUACCAUGGAGAGCAGCUCUAGAUGCGAAAUAGAGAGGAAUCACAAGCUGUAAUUAUGCUUACUACCACUGUUUCUCCGCCUUCAAUUAAUAUAAGAAAGUGCAG